ACUUAUUUAAAUGCAAGCUAAACUAUCUCAAAUCGGCAGCAGUCGUUAGAAAUUUACGAUGACACUUGGUGUUUUGUUUGAGUUUCAAGUUCGUCUCAGAUCCAAACGCAAACUGCGCUGCCGGCAUUUGCCCGCAUUCACAUUUCAUUUGCAUAUCAUUAACAACAAAAGCCGCUAAUCGAGUGACAGAGCGUAUAGUAUUUUGGCGCCUCCAUAUCGGAUACUCUAACUAUUCAGAAGGCGAUGCGCGAAUUAAAUUAAUAAUUCGAAAUGGCGAAGAGUCACCUGUUCGGCGAUGGUGUAGGUGUAGGUCAGUGAUCGUUGGGAGUAUAAAACGAUCUGUCGCCGAACUUGGAGAUCAGUAAUCAGUAAUCAGUAGCAACUGCAGCAAAUCCAGCACCAAAAUGAUCAAGACCGCGCUAAUCAUUUCCCUGUUCCUGGUGGCCGCCAUCCGAGCUGCAGACGAAUCACAGGCAGAGACCACCAAAUACCGCAACGAGAUCAAGCCGGAUGGCUCAUACAGCUGGGAAUACGGAACCUCCAACGGCAUCGAUGCCCAGGAGAGUGGAGUGGGUGGAGUUCAAGCAACGGGAUCCGUGAGCUACGCUGCUCCCGAUGGAACACCCAUCCAGCUGCAGUACACUGCCGACGAGAACGGAUACCGUCCGACUGGUGCUCAUCUGCCCACGCCGCCUCCCAUUCCAGAUUACAUCCUCAAGGCUUUGGCCUACAUCGAGGCGCAUCCAUUCCAGAGGAUUCAGCUGAAGAAGUAGUCCUUAAAAACAGAAAAUAGAUUUAAUGUAGCAAAAUUAUUAUACAAAAUAAAUUAAAUUUAAGAGAACCACCUUUUGUUUGAAGAUCCUUAAGCUGCAAGUAUAUAGAAAACAUAGUGAAACAUUAAUUUUUAAAAGCAAACAACUCACGCUGUGUUCUGUUUUCUUCUUUAUUGGUUGUAAAUCAUCGUUUAAUUGCAACAAUUUGUGAUAUAAUUUAGCGUUCCGAUAAAAGUUCGUUUGUCGGCUUUAGUUUGCAACUAAAGUACAAUUGAUAGAUCGAUCAAAUCAUAGAUUCAACUGCCAGACUUUGCUUCCAUUGAGCUUGAAUUAAAAUUUCGUUUUGUUGCGCGCUUUUCAAGUGCCAAAAAAUCAUCGAAAAAAUGUCACAUCAAAUUGUUUAACUCGUAUGUAUCUUGUAUCUCUUAAAUCACAUUGAAAACAUGCUCCUCUUCUUCGUUCCUAGCUGUGUUAAUAUUAUAAUCGCAAUUGUUCUUUUAUUUAUUUAUGCUUCUGAAAAGUACAACGUGCACAUAUCUUAGUAGUUGAAUUAGUUCAUAAUAUGUUGUUUGCUGGCUCCUCUAAAUUCUCGCAUUUUUUUUUUUA